CUGUGGUGCGUCUCGACAACGGAAGCGACCGCUUGUUUCACUUUCUCAUGUCUUAGGUUCACAGUGGAAGUGUGUGGGAUGUGUGCAGCCUGACAUAAGCUGUGUAACUAUGUCAAAGUUGUCAACGAAAGAGCAAAGUGGCUGUCGAAAACUGUUACGGUUGUUACCCCUGGACGACUUGUUCGCCCUUAAAGAUACAGUAACGAAUCGACUGAUCGCCGUAGAGAGCACGCAAGAGGCCAUCGAGGCCAUCAUAACUUACUCGCAAGAUGCCGAGGAGCUCCUCAAGAGAAAGAAGGUGCACCGGGAUGUUAUUUUUAAGUAUCUUGCCCAUGAAGGAGUUGCCAUGCCCCCUAAUAGUGAGAAACAACAGCUGAUCAGGAGAACCACUGAGCACUGGUCAUCUGGUGAGAUCUGGAAGCGUGAGAAGAACGCAGUGGUUUCAGAAGAGGUCGGAGAUGGUCUGUCAGACCUUCCUGCUUUGGGAAAACAGUUUUGCCAGUGGUUCUUUACCCUACUGAACUCUCAAAACCCCACUCAGGGCCAUCCGGCUCAAGACUGGGGUCCUCAGCACUUCUGGCAGGACGUGAGGCUUCGGCUUGUCUUGUGUUCUGGAGAGCGGCGCGUCGAUGGGUUCGACGGAGCAGAGCUGGUCAGCCAGCGGCUCCAUGCUUUCGCAGGACAAGAGAACCUGUUGUUCUGCCCGAACUUGGAGGGUCAGGGCUUGAAGUGCAUAUCUUCAGCUCAUGGGCUGGUGUUGGUGGCCAUAGCCGGGACCAUCCACCGGGACAGUGCCUGCCUUGGGAUUUUCGAGAUGGUCUUUGGCCUCAUUCGCUCACCGAUGGACAAUAACCGCUGGAAAAUAAAGUUUGUGAAUAUGAAAGUGGAAGCUCAAAGUGCCGUGACAGACAGACGGUUGCCGGUCAUUACCUACGACUCUACAGAGCUGCUGAGCCUUUGUGACUGAGAGUCAGAGAUGAACUCUGAACACGGGUGAUUCUGCCAAAGAAACUUUAUCGCGGGAUAGACAUUCAUCUGUACAAGGAUCUUAGUUUGUAUUUUGUUGACUUGAAGGAGAUUUCCAGUCAGUUUAACCCCUAGCAAAUAUUUCAGUGAAAUGUUUAUUAUCACUUGCUAUUCUUUUAAAUAGAAAAUCUGAGUGAAUGUUUAUUGAUAAUUAGUCAUUUUAGUUCUUAUGUGAAAUACACAAAACCUCAUUUCUAUUUUAAGGUGGCAGUUCUGCCUUUGUUUUUUUAAAGUCAUCUUCACAAAUGAGAGAAAAAUUGAAUUCAUCGUUAGCUCUAUAAUAUUUAGCAGUUUGCCUUAAAAUAGGCCUACCUAAAAUCUUUUUUCCUUUCUGGUUAUUUAUAUUCCUCUUCAAUAAUACUUGGAAACUUGAAUCAUUUUCACAGUAAAAAAAAAAAUCUGUGAACAUCUCUCUGCCCUUAUGGACUUAUUUAUUAUUGUUGUUUUAUUUAGGCUUAUUUUCUUCAAGCGCAGUGAGAUCUUGGUGACACUUUACAGUGAGGUUCCUGUUGUUAACAACUACACUAAGUCAAAUGAACCAGCAACGAAAAACGGCUUUUAAUAACCUUAGUUAACGGUAAUUUCAUCUAGGCCUACUAAUUAUUAAAAUCAAAACUCGUUUUUGUUAUUAGAACCUGGGUUAACAACUAACAGUCGAUUUUAUUUCAAUUAACUAGUAAUAACAAAACUGUAGCUAAUGUAAUUCUCCUUGCUUUAACCAGAAACCUCACUGUAAAGGGUUACCUAAGGAUAUUGGGAAGAGCCUCUAAGCUUUUUUUAUUAGUAGUAUUUAUUAUUUCUGAAUUGAACUCGAUUAUUUCCACACGGCUUCUUUCGUCCAGCAGCGGGGCGUCAGACUCCCUCGUUCCCGCCAUUACGGCGGAAGGAGCGUUUUUACGGUAUUCACGCCUUACGGGAAUAAAGUACCUUUCGUCGUCCUCGAGAGGCCAGAAGCGAGUCGUUUGACUCAUCGGUCUCCGGAGGAGCACGGGAGGGCCGUGUGGUUUCAGCGGGGGAUGUUAUAUGUGGGAAAUUAUUCUUGGCGCUCGCUUCAAAGGCCGACGCUUCGAUAAUAUCUUUUCUCGAGCGCUUUUUUAAUGCCGCGCAGUGCCAUAGUUGUGGCAAAAGACGCCACCGCGAGCAUUGAUCUUUUCCCUGUUCGCCUCCCCGAAAGAAAAAUAACAAGCUCCUCGCCUUGCGUCUUUAUAGCCGCGGCCUCUCUCUUUUUAAUAAGUGGUUUGGCCGGGCUCGCGGUUAUGACGACCAGGUUCAAAAAUACGGGUCCCUGGCGUCUGCGGAUCAUCGCGCCUUCGCGUCGGCUUUAAUGGCGACGUGUGUUUCUCAUAAAGCCCAUGUUAGCGUUUUGAUUGUAAAUCUCUCAGAUAUGUUUCGGAGGGGCGAACAAUGAACUUCUUUAAUUGGCUGGUCUUUUUUUUUAUUUGGUUGCUACUUUUGAAUAGCUGCUUUAAAUGUUAUAAAAUAGCACGUGCGUCUUUGACGCGUCCCCUUGUUUUUGCCUGGCUUUUGCUGCACUGAAACCAGUUUUAUCCUAAACCAUCAGGUUUUUUAAUUGCUGUGACAUUUCGCACAGUCUAUAGUCUUGCUGAACUUUGUUGGCCUGUAAUAAGCAUUUGUCAAAAAAAAUAAUAAAUAAAAAUCAAUGAUUUGUCCACACGG